GUGGCUUACAGGUUGGCUGUGGGUGAAGGAUGCGAAGCCUCGGACGAGAGGUCUGGGGCCAAGCUUCGCCUUUCGAAGCGACAGUCAGUGAAACUGUGCAUAGCCAUCACAAAACCCUCGUAGACGGCUCAAAGACACUACUUCCGGCGCAGGCAUCAAUUUGCCCACGCAAACGACAAUCUAAUGGCACACAGCAUACUAGUGUUCGGCGGAUCUGGCAAGGUCGCCCGUAAUCUCACACGUAUACUCGCGGCCGACGGCCAUACAGUCCAUUCUGUCAUCCGGAAUGCGGAUCAGAAGUCAGACAUCGAAUCACUCGGUGGCAAGCCAAUCAUUCAAUCUAUCGAGGAGUCUUCCGUCAAUGACAUGGCCAAGACAAUCACCGAAAUCAACGCGACAGCAGUGGUAUGGUCUGCUGGAGCAGGCGGUGGCAAUCCAGCGCGGACCGUAGCGGUCGACCAAGAAGGUGCCAUCCGCAGUAUGGAUGCUACAGCCCAGGCAGGCGUGAAGCGAUACAUCAUGGUUUCCGCCAUUGACAUUCGUGACCGUGAAGGCAAGCCUGAGCCAGAGUGGUAUAACGACGACGAUCGAGCACGCAGUGAUCGGAUGUGGAGUGCGAUUGGUGCGUAUGCAAAGGCUAAGUUCACCGCAGACAGAAAUCUUGUCACAGAGAACAGCCGCCGAGGGCUGGAGUAUACGAUUGUGAGGCCCGGAAGCCUUAGCACGGAGGCCAGCACAGGGAAGAUUGCUGCUGGCAAAGUGCACAUUAGUCCGACCAUACCGCGCGAAGACGUUGCAAAAGUGAUUGCAGAGUGCUUGAAGAACGACGGCACGAAAGGGUUAGCCUUCGACUGCGUCGGCGGAGAGACACCCAUCGCAGAUGCAGUCGCUGAAGUAGCGAAGGCGAGAGUUGAUGUCUUCGCGGGAAGAUACUAGUGUAGCUUAGCUGUUCCGCGGUGAGUGACAGGAA